AUGGAUCGUCCAGUCGGUCCUAUAGUUUCUGAGGGACCGGCUCUGCCGCCACCUCAAACCUCAUUAAAAGGCCGCUCGGUCCAGCUUGAACCAUUAGAUCCAAAGCACACGAAUGAUCUCUUCGACGCCAUUGGACAGCCAGAGCAGGCCGCUGUCUGGACCUACAUCAACAAGGGCCCCUUCGAAGACAAAGCCUCAUUCAGCGAGUUCAUCAUCAGUCUCUCCCAAUCCACCGAUCCAGUAUUCUACGCUCUGAUCGACCAGUCUCGAAAGAAAGCAGUUGGCUUCUUUAGUCUAAUGCGCAUUGAUCUGUCCAGUCGCGUUGUCGAAAUCGGAUACGUCGUCUUCUCGCCAGUUCUGCAGCGCAGCACCGCCGCUACAGAGGCUUUUUAUCUCCUCGCGCGGGCAGUCUUCCGGGAUCUUGGCUAUCGGCGCUUCGAGUGGAAGUGUGACAGUCUAAAUGCGCCCUCUCGGCGAGCGGCGGCGCGCUUUGGAUUCACGGCCGAGGGCAUCUUCCGGCAGCAUAUGAUCGUCAAGGGUCGUAAUCGAGACACGGCAUGGUUCUCAAUUCUUGACUCAGAGUGGCCGGCGCUGCAGAACUCUUUUGAGAAGUGGCUAGACCCGGCGAACUUUGAUGCUGAGGGGAAGCAGCGGCAGUCGUUGACCUCCUUUCGCGGCGAAUGA